AUGACAGCCGCACCUUUUAAUUUAUUCAGACUAACUGUUUUAUUAUAUUUGUUCAACUUAGUAUUUGUUGAAGCUGGCAUUAUACCUAAUAGAUUAGCUGCGUUUUUUGAAACUAAAGAUAUAGAUGUUGUUACUGAAAAGUUGGUAGAUCCAGUUCCUUUUGCUGACAAUUUUAUUGACAUCAAAUUCACGGGUUCUAGUUUUGAAAAUUGUAGAAAAUCAGCUACCCCAGUUGGCUCCAUUGAUGAUGCUUUAGAUGUCGCUUUUGCUAAUAAACAACAAGGAAAACAUAACACCGACGAUAUGUAUUACAUUACAACAACCAAAACAAUAGUCACCGAUAUUGCUUUAGAUGGUAUUGAUGAACUUAAAAUGAAGUGUGGUUCCAAAAAUGUUCCAACAGAGAUUUCAUUCACUCAGUGGCAAGUUGUGGGCCAGGGUCCUUGGAAACAGCAGUGGUAUCCAGCCAGUGGUUGUCAGUAUACAGAUUCUUCAUCCUCAACACUAACUUAUACACAAAGCUGGUCUCAAGAAACUGUUUCUUUUUUUCAAGAUGGUUUUGAUUUUGAUAUAGGUAGAGAGUUUGCACUUCAUUCUGGGGUUUGGGUUAGCGAAUCUGCAUGUCAAAGAGGCUAUUUGGACGUACCUAUUCCACCAAAUUCUGUUAGCCAAAUCUGGACUCAAAAAGACAUGUUCUGGCAAGAUCUACAAAAACAAACCUGUGUCAAAAGAUACUCUGUCGGAACUGAAUUACAAUGUGGAAGUUGGAGUCCAUAUUUACAUGGUGAUUUUGUUGUAGAUAGACCAUUUGAAACGAUACAGCGCUUGGGGUUUGGUCCAAAUGGUGUUCAAUGUUAA